AUCAUCUUCCUUCACCAAGACAGGAACAAGGAAAAAUGCGAAAGCACCACCACCUUCUCUGCAUUCUCUCUCGUUCUCUCUCCCUCUUCUUCUUCUUCGCCUCCUCCUUCUUCUCCUUGAGCUUCCAUGGCGUCCUCUCCAAUUUCUCGGCCAUUUGCGACCCCGACUCACCCCCGUUCCUGUGCGGCCACGUCCAAAUCCGAUAUCCAUUCUGGAACGUCAGCGACGACGCCCCCGUGCACUGCGGCUACCUGGGUCUCGGCAUCGCUUGCCCGUAUGGCUCCCGUCACCCAAUCCUCUCUCUUCAGGGCGACAACUACUUCGUCACUGACAUCAACUACGACAACGAAACUCUGACUCUCGUCGACGUCGACAUUGCCAUCGCCGGCCAGGAAUGCCCCAGGGUCAGCCACAACCUCACGCUCGGCUCGCUCCCGCUCGCCUACAACUCCGCCAACGCCAUCCUCACCUUCCUCUUCAACUGCACAACUCCGGUGGCGCGCAUCCCUGCAGACUUGGUGGCCGUCGAUUGCUUGCGAUCCGGUGAUAAUCAGUCGUACGUGUUCGUGAACAAGAGCCUGGAGGAGGUGGCGGCGUUCGACAAGGAGCUGGACUGCGAGGAUACGGAGGUGGCGCCGGUGAAGCGGACGAACGUGACGGCAGGGAACGUGGCGGAGGAGUUCGCCGGGGCGAUGAACGAGGGGUUCGUGCUGGACUGGGAGAAGGCGAAGGAUUGCGGCGAGUGCGAGCACUCCGGCGGGCGGUGCGCGGUCGACGAGGAGGAGCAGCUCCUGUGCUACUGCGACGACGAGAGUAUCCACUACGACGGUUCGUUUUGCAAAAGAAACAAGAAGAUUGGUCUCAAAGUUGGAAUAGGUGUGGUUGCAUUGGUAGCUGGAAUUGGGGUCAUCCUUAUCUUGCUGCUUCCCUUCAGGAAGAAACCAAUGACCAGAAUAAUCAUGGCUUCGAUAAAGCAGAGGAGCAAACACUUCGACGGCGAAAUGAAAAUCGAGGGACUUGUCUUUUCGAGAAGAUACACCUACAAAGACAUCAAGAGGAUGACCAACUCUUUCAAAGAAAAGUUAGGCCAGGGAGGCUAUGGCUGCGUGUACAAAGGCAAGCUUCGAGACGGUCAAUUAGUGGCGGUGAAGCUUCUAAAGAAGCUGAAAGGCGAUGCAGAAGAAUUUUUCAAUGAAGUUGCGAGCAUAAGCAGGACUUCUCAUGUCAAUGUUGUCAGCCUCCUAGGGUUCUGUUUUGAAGGAAGCAAAAGAGCUUUGGUUUAUGAGUUCAUGCCCAAUGGAUCGCUCGAAAAGUUCAUAUUUAACAGGAGUGACACUUUGGAGGUAGGUCGACAAUUGACUUGGGAGACAUUGUACCAGGUUUCGCUCGGCAUAGCUUACGGGCUAGAGUACUUGCAUAGAGGAUGCAACACGAGGAUCUUACACUUCGACAUAAAACCUCACAACAUUCUUCUCGAUGCAAACUAUUGUCCCAAGAUUUCCGACUUUGGUCUUGCCAAAAUAUGCCCUAGAGAAGAGAGCAUCGUGUCAAUGCUUGGUGCUCGGGGCACCCCUGGAUAUAUUGCUCCAGAGCUAAUCGUGAGGAACAUCGGAGGGAUUUCUCACAAAUCAGAUGUCUAUAGCUAUGGCAUGAUGAUUCUAGAGAUGGUCGGCAAGAGGAAAAAUAUCGAAGCGGCGGUAGAUCAUACCAGCGAAAUAUACUUCCCUCAUUGGGUUCACCAGCGUUUGGAGCUUCAAGAAGAGCUUGGGCUGCAUGGAAUCACGAACGAGGAUGACGAAGGAAUAGCAAAGAAGAUGAUUGUAACAGGCUUAUGGUGCAUUCAGAUCGAUCCGAGAGCUCGACCAUCUAUGACCCAAGUUGUAGAGAUGCUAAAGGGAAGUGUUGAGGCCUUGCAAAUUCCUCCCAAACCAUCCUUGUCAUCUCCCUCAAGAUCGUUCGCGGCUUGUCCACGUGAACUUUCGUCUCUACAAGAAAGUAAUGACUCAAGUUGGGGUUAUGCAAGAUCAAUCUUACGAAACCAACAUAGCCUGUAAAAGAGUACUUAAAAAAACAACUGUUUACGUAUUACUGAUUAUUGAGAUUUUCA